CCCGUGCUGGGGACUGACAGUGCUGAGCCGCGUCUCUGCGGGCUGUGUCUCACUGUGGGCUGGGAUGGGCGAGAAGUGCUGUGAGCAAAUCAAAUGCGAGGUUCCAUAGAGACGGGAAGGCGGCCUUUGUUUUCCGUCUAUUUUAGCCCCGACUGGGGCAUGGGGAAGGGACAGAUCGCGGUGAAAGGGCUGUGGGGCAAAGCCCUACGGGGCCACGGCUGCUGGCCGAGCGUGGCGCGCUGCCCCGGGGACACGUGGGCCGGUUAUGGGCCGGUUAUGGGCCGCUGCACCCGGGGAUGCCCGGACGGAGCGCCACGCGCUGCCCCAGGGGUCGCUACAACCGAGCGUGACACGCGUGGCGCGCUGCCAUGUGCGACACGGGGGCUGCGUGCGGCACCCGCCACGCGGGACACGGCUCAGCGACCACGCGGGGACCCAGCAGUGCUGCGCGGCGUCCUGCGCGUAUCGCGCGCGGGAUCUGCGCGUUCCAUCGCCGCGCAGCGCCGGGCGCACCCCGCCUCUCCCAGGCGCUUCAACGCAGCCCGCCCCUCUCGCGGCCCAUUGGCUGCCUCGCCUGCCCCUCUGCGGCCGCUCCGCCACUCAGCGCGCGCGGCACCGCCCGCGCCCCUCGCGCCGAGGCUGCGAUUGGCCGUCAGACGGGGAAAGCCCCGCCUCCCGCGGGCGCUGCGGGGGAGGGGGAGGCCUGGCGGCCGUGAGGCGACAGCGGUGCGGCGGCGCCGAGCGGAGCGGAGCCGCGUGAGCCCAAAGUUGCAGUGCAGGGCUGGCUUUCCCUCUUUGCCUUCCAACGUGCAAAUGGGAGAAGUGGCUCAGGUUGUGUUUAAGACACACGGAAGGAGCUGGAAGUGGCUGUGCAGAGUUGCUGAGUGCUGUUCUGCUGUCUGUGCUGCACUCUCAGUGCCCCAGGCUGGGUUUGUGGUGCUGCCUGCGCUGCGUGGCCCUGAAAUCCCCUCUCAGAGGGGUCCGGGAUGGCUGUGUUUGCUGACUGCCACCUUCCUGCUGGCAGUUCAUUGGGCUGAUUGCACAGAGAGGGUUUGGAGCUUCACUUGGCUCCGGUGGUCGAUUGCAGAGCGGUUUCUGGAGAUGGUGCAUUUUUAGGAUGCUUUUUUAACGUGUUCUGAUGCAUUUAGAGUGUUUUGAAAACGUUCUGCUUUCCAAAUGACUCCAGUUUGGAGAAGGCGGUGCAUGUUCAUGAACAGAGAGGUGUCAGUGGGGGCAGGCAGGGGUGCCAAUGGGCUGAUGGAGGGACACCAACCUCCUCCAGGUGAAAUAAUGGGGUGUUUGGGUGUCCCAAACCCCAAGGCUGCAUUCAGGGUAGCUCUGAGCGUCUUCCCACCCUAGCAGAGCUGUGGGCUCUCAGCAGUUGGUUUUGUUUCCCUGCUUAUUGUGUAGGAAGCUGUGAAUGCUGUCUCAAAGAGAGCAGCUGUGUAUGGGGCUGGGGACUGUCCAGGCUGUUGUGUUUCAGGAGCUCUCCGGACCCAGCGGCUGCUUCAGGUUCAGGCAGAGGACUUUCAGCUCUUGACAGCACCGCGGGAUGAGUCAGGAGCUGCAGCCAUUGCUUUUUGUUGACCUGCAGCUGCAGUCUGCACACUGACGUGGGCAGGCCCAGCAGAACGUGUGCCGGGGUGUGUUUUGUGCAGAGGUCACCUGGAAUGUAAGACGAGCAGCGGUGCAGCCGUGUGCGUUCAUCUGGUGGAGCAGAUGGGUUUGGUACAGGUCAGACAGGUUUCCUCUUAGGAAGAAGCUCAGGAACCAGAAAUAACUUUGCUCCUAACUGUAUGGAGCUGUGUUGAGCUUUACACCGAUGCUACUGGUUCCCACUGCAGUGUUCUU